AUGAGCUCAAGUACCACGUCAUUGAUAUCCCCCAACAAAACUUUGACCAAUGUGGCCUCCAACAUGACCUCGAGUUCCACGUCUAGGGUAUUUCCGAGCAGUGCUCACAAUGUCAUGUCCAAUAUGUCCUCAAGUACUACUCCUAAUGUGAACUCUGAAGUCACAAUGUGUAAGGUGACCUCGAGUAUCAUGUCCCCUUGUAACAUGAUCUCCAAUAUGACCUCAUGUACUAUGCCCAAAGUGAAUUCUGACGUCAGUACUUCCAAGGUGACCUCGAGUAACGUGGCCCCUUGUAAUAUGGUCUCCAAUGUGACAUCAAGUAUUACUCCCAAAGUGACGACUGAUAUCACCAUGUCUAAGAUGACUUCGGGUACUUCGUCCAAGGUAACUUCUAAAUUGCCCUCCAAUGGUACUGCCAAAAUACCAUCGGUUGCUAGUUCUGUACCAUUGAUUGCUGCCACCAAGUGCUAAGGUUAUUCAUGGUUAAAGAUGAGCUCCAAUUCGUUUUUAGAAAUAAAGGGUAUGCCAAUAGGGACUUAACCGACAACUUUUAAGAAAUAUCAUGUUUGUCUAUUUAGGUCGAGGUCAGUUUUAAGGUUGGCAGUAAAAAGCCAGGGGAAAAUUGAAGCCUCUGCGACCUUUGAGUUUCUAUUGCUUCAUGUGUUGAAAUAACUUAAAUCGUUUUAAACAAGGGUUUGGAGGGUAACAUUGGCCAUUGCCAACUUUCACCCAAGGUCAUACCUGAUCGUAAAGCCAUGUAAAACUGUUCACUCUAUCCGUUUUCAAGGUCAAAGAUCUCUUUUAAGAAACAUAUUGAUCUUGAUUUAACUUUCAAGGUCAAUAUAUACGCUAAAUUACUUCAAAAAUUAUGUUCUCAAUUUUCAACACACAAGAUGUAUAUUUUUGCACUGUAUCAUAACGCCUAAACUUCACCAUAACCAUUUGUAGUUCAAGAUGGAUAGCUUAGUUAUACCGCAUAGCUUUAGGAAACCAAUUUUUAAAAUAUCGUGUCGCUAUCUAACUCCUUAUAACUCCGAGGGUUGAUCCACCCCUGACCACCUUGCAGAUGUUUAUUUGAUGAAUAGACAAGAAAACAAGCGAUCAAAGUAGGCUAUGUUAGUAAUUGUAUCUUAGGUUUAUUUGAAACACUCUGCUUGGACUAUGGACAGAUGGUUUGUGAUUUUGGUAUCAGGUGGACAUGAACGGAGGUAUAGCAACUAUUCGAGAUCUAUAUAGGAAAAAGACACCACAAAGCGCCAUCUAUUCUACUACUGCUCGCCAUUGAAGAAUUGAACAUACUGCUUUGGUCAGCCCCACCGCAGAUAGCCAAGCUGUUUCGUGCUUUUUGUCAUCAGCAUGGUCUAGCUCUGUCACAAACUACCGCCAGUACUUUGUAAAUGAAAAUCAGGUGAGAAGAAAUAACCAAGGCUAUCCAAAACAAACAUAACCAUCAACUAAAAAAAAGGAGAUUGACAGUAUUGACACCUGUGGUGAAUGUCGAAGUAUUCAAGAACGUCUAAUAAGGACUUGGCUAUGUCAGUUUCCAUUCCUCCCUGAUUAGAGUAUUAUACAGAUUUUUAAUGACAUUUUUUACGUAAUAACUCUUCGGGAGACUGUUGAACGAGCACCAUUUAAAUAUGGCAUUGAAUAGUAAAAGACAACAUAUAGUAUAAAUUAAAUAUAGCUUUAAUGGAUUAGGGUCAGAGGUGGAGCAUGAGGAUCGACCCCAAUAUUUGCAAGUAGUUGCUUUCUCAAGGAGAUGUCAAACCAACGAUGUUUUUUAGUGCACAGGGGGUUACUACCCUAGGAAAUUGUGUAGCUAAAUUUGUAAAUAUAUUUACCAAAACUGUAAUUAUCCUGAGUUAAUUUGCUAUUUUGCCAAGUUCUAUUCAUGUUUCGUAUCUCUAGCUAAUGAAAUUAUCUCACUGUAUGUACAUAUUAAGUGCUAAUCGAAUGUGCAAAAUUUAUUGUACUGUUGCGAUUUUAAAGUGAAACAUUUGUAAACCUAUCGAAAU